AUGGAUCCUUCUAAAACAAGCAGCAUCCAUACUUCGCAUACAGCAUCGCCUCUCUUCGGCAUUUUCAGCUUGCCUCGCAAAGUCCGCGAUGAUAUUUACCGAAGAGUGCUCGUUGUGGCGCAUCCACUAUAUCUUUUCCAGCAGACAGGUUCUGAAGUGGUCGAAAUUUUUGCCCCGGAGAGACCAGUUCGAUGGCUUGCAUUGCUGUAUACCAAUCGACAGGUACACGAAGAGGCUGGCGCAGUGGUAUAUGGGUUGAAUCAUUUUAUGUUCAUGGAUACAACGCGGCACCAGGCUAACCUCCUACAAUCCUUUCUGAACUGCAUUGGGUCCUUCAACGCCGGUCAUCUGUCUCACAUAUCCAUCAACUUCCCGGUCGCGGAGAUUGUGAAGGGUCAACCAGGAAAAAUUGUGCUCAGGGAAGAUGACUUGCACAGUCUGAAGCUUCUUCAAGAGAAGUGCAUCAAACUGACGAGGCUGGAAACUCUCGUGCAUAGUUACAAUUCCAUAGGUCUUGCCAAGGAGAGCCAGGACUCGGAUGAUUCGCAGUUCUGGCAAGAGGCAUUGUCGCAGAUUGAUGCGCAACUAAAGGUCAUUCCUUCACUGAGCAAGACCAUCGUCAGAUUCUACAACGGACCUCCAACCUCUGAGGUGGUGGAGUUGAUGCAACGCCUAAGGUGGGUGAUCCUGCCUGGGUGA